AUGGGCUCCAUCCAACCUUCGUCGAGUCCUCAAUUCCUCGUCAUUGGAGCCGGAUCACGAGGGCACGCAUAUGCCCGCGCCGUCGAAGCCUCCACCUCCGGAUCCAUUGCUGCCGUGGCCGAGAUCGAUCCCUUCAAGCGUCGAGAAUUUGGGGAAAGGUAUAUUUGGGGCAGGAACGGUGAACCUCAUGAACAUCAAUCUUUUGCGGGCUGGGAGGAUUGGGUAGCAUGGGAGACACAACGAAGGCACCACGCAGUGGUUCGGGGGACUCAGCCAGGCUAUCAGCCCAUAACCGGUGUCUUCAUAUGCACUCUGGACGAGACCCAUGCACCUAUCAUUCGUGCCAUUGCCCAUUUCAACCUCCAUAUCCUUUGCGAGAAGCCUCUCGCCCUCUCCUUGUCCGAUUGUCUCUCUAUAUCUUCAGCAUUGUCAAAAUAUCCGCCCAAGGUAUUCUCCAUCGGCCAUGUCCUCCACUACUCGCCACAUAAUAUACUUCUGCGCACGCUCCUGACAUCCGACCAAGUCAUCGGCGAAGUUGUUUCAAUCGAACAUACCGAGCCUAUUGGUUGGUGGCAUUUUUCGCACUCAUACGUGCGAGGAAAUUGGAGACGAUCCACGCCAGAGGGUGUUGGCUCGUUGCUCACCAAAUCUUGCCAUGAUAUUGAUUUCUUGCUCUGGCUUCUUUGUGCACCAAGUCGCCUAACAGGCGAGAAGCCCCAUUUUCCUUCCACCAUAUCGAGCACCGGAGCCAUCACACAAUUCCGCCGAGCAAGAAAGCCCCAAGCCGCUGGUCAUUCAACCAACUGCCUCUCUUGCCCCGCUGAAUCGGAUUGCAUUUACUCCGCGAAGAAGAUCUACCGUGACAGAUGGCUUCGGAAGGAGCGAGAUACAGGCUGGCCACUGAAGAUUGUGGUGCCCGAAAUCGAAGAUAUUGUAACAACGAAGGGCUGGAAUGCGGGAGAAGAAAGGCUGAUGCAGAAACUCGGCGAAGAUUACGAUAAAUCUACUACUCCAGACGCGGAAAUUGCCAGCAGAAGCUGGUACGGUCGCUGUGUGUAUGAAUCGGACAACGACGUCGUUGACGAUCAGACCGUCACGAUAACGUGGGAUGAUGAAUCCCUUCCCGGGAAAGCGCUCGGUCGAGGACCGAAGCAGGCCCUUUUCCACAUGGCAUAUGCCACCCAGGCACAAUGCGAACGACGAGGAAGGAUAUAUGGCACAUUGGGAGAGAUCACCUAUGACUCUCACACAAUCACCGUCCACCGUUUUGCCACCGGUGAAACAACCGUCCAUGAUAUCCCCAAACAAGCUCCGGAGGUGGAGAAGAGCCAUGGUGGCGGCGACUGGGGGCUCGCAGGCGCUUUCGUCCAAUCCGUGCACAAUGUCGACGGUGGCACCAUGGACGUUGCGCAGGUACAACGAGAACUUGUGGGCUGUGAUUUAGAAGAAAUCAUCAUAAGCCAUGCUGUCGUGUUUGCUGCCGAUGAGGCGAGACGGGAAAAAAAGGUCAUCGACUGGGCUGAAUGGUGGAAGAGAAAUGGACAAAUGGUGGAGUGA